UUGGCUCCUCAAGAAUACUCCAGGAGUCUGCAGAACUCAUCUAUUUGUGGACCAAACCAUCGACUACUUGGGGUGGGGGAGUGGAGAGAGAGCGAGUCAGGAAUCAGAUGGGCCGGGGAGCUGAAGGGAAGUAGGCAGCUCUGCUAAUUGGGAGGGGACAGUAAGUUAUUAGGAUAUCAGCAACGGAAAGGUGGACAAUUAUUAGAAAGGUAUCUAAGGAGACAGAAUGUUCUGUUGAAGGUGGAAUGAAGAUCUUAAGUUGACCCUGGAAAAUAAUGAAAGAAGGAAACUGGAGACGUUGAAUUAAAACUGAGAAUCUAAAACCCUGAAUUAUAUACAGCAAGAAGCUGGAGGAACAGCAGCCGCACCAUGUGCUGAGCCAAGUGCCUUGGUCCUACUGUUCCAGUGACGCCUCUUGGUCCUACUGAUUCAGUGACACCUCUUGGUCCUACUGAUUCAGUGACGCCUCUUGGUCCUACUGAUUCAGUGACGCCUCUUGGUCCUACUGUUCCAGUGACGCCUCUUGGUCCUACUGUUCCAGUGACGCCUCUUGGUCCUACUGAUUCAGUGACGCCUCUUGGUCCUACUGUUCCAGUGACACCUCUUGGUCCUACUGUUCCAGUGACGCCUCUUGGUCCUACUGUUCCAGUGACGCCUCUUGGUCCUACUGAUUCAGUGACGCCUCUUGGUCCUACUGUUCCAGUGACGCCUCUUGGUCCUACUGUUCCAGUGACGCCUCUUGGUCCUACUGAUUCAGUGACGCCUCUUGGUCCUACUGUUCCAGUGACGCCUCUUGGUCCUACUGUUCCAGUGACGCCUCUUGGUCCUACUGAUUCAGUGACACCUCUUGGUCCUACUGUUCCAGUGACGUCUCUUGGUCCUACUGAUUCAGUGACGCCUCUUGGUCCUACUGUUUCCUCCAAGCCAGAAACUUCCCUUAAAAACCACCAUGUUCCGGAUAAUGGUCCUGACUGCUUUAUGUCUCCAGGGUGUCCUCCUAGAACAGACCCGGGUUCUGGAGCAGAGAAAACCGUUUUUCGAGCGCUUCCGCAGGCUAGAGGAACAGUUUCGCCGGUUCCAAGAGAUAACACUUCAACGUCUUCAGGGCAUAGCAGAAAAUUACAACCUCUCGUACAAUAUAGAUGCCCGCUUCCAAGACUUAAUCGACCAGCAGAGGUCCAUUACAGAGGCCCUUAAUUCAACCAAUGAAGUCAAUCAGAGGGAAAUCGAUGGGGUGAAAUUCUGGCUGAAGAAACUCCAAAGGAAAACAAAGAAGCUUGAACUAAAGAUCUCCUCCCUAGAGGAGUCCCUGACUCAGAGAAACAAACAGGAGAUGAAAGAUAAGAAGGCAAAUGAUGCCGUCAUCUCAAACUUGACCUCAGCAAUGGCCAGUCAGAAAAGGCUGAUUGUCCAGCUAGUUAUGGACAAGAAAGCACUGCAAAAAUCCCUGGAUAUAUUUCAGGAUUCCAUUCAAAGACAGGGAAGCAAAAUAACUGCGCUGGAGGAGAAAUUCAAAGUCAUGAUGCAAAAUGAGAUUUUGCCACCAAGUGGUCUGACCGCAAAGCAAGACCUGAACCGGACUCCUGAUAAGAACAUUCCAGGACCUCCAGGGAUUAAUCCAAAUCCUAUAACUGCCCAACACCGAAUGGCAAAGCUUCAGUCCAAGCACAACCAAAUGAAGAGGAUUCAUGAAGAGCAACAAUUGCUUAUCCCGUCCAAAAUGAUGAUGGCGUCUAUGGCAGAGCAACAUGGAGCUAAGAACAUAAGCUUCCCAGUGGGAGAACCUCAGGGGAACAUCUCAAAGAGGUUGCCAGAAGAGCAAGAUUAUGUGACAGAGAACGUAAGGUUGCCAAAGGAUGAACAACAUGGAAUUGUAACAAAGAAUGUAGGAACAACAGAGGAAGAGUUUGAUUAUGUGACAAAGAACAAGCGAUGGCCAGAGGAGGAACAACAUGACUACAGGCCAACUAAUCCAAGCUUGCCAGAGGAGGAACAACAUGACUACAGGCCAACUAAUCCAAGCUUGACAGAGGAGGAACAACAUGAUUAUAGGCCAACUAAUCCAAGCUUGCCAGAGAAGGAAGAACCUGAUUAUGUGACCAAAAACAUGAGGUUAGCAGAGGAUAAAGAGUAUGAAGGCGUGACGGGCAUGCCGGAGAGAGAAAGCCCAGAGGUACAAGGAAGUAGGCCCCCAUCAGCAGUAACAGAGACCCCAAGAGAGUCCAAGGAACAGAGCACUACUGUGCUGAGCACUAAGGAGCAGCAAACCAAGAAACCUGGCACAAUAUGUAACGUGGACUCCAUGUUGGUGUUCCCCAAUGCUUCCACUGAAAACUUUGUCACCUUCAGCAAAGGCCUAAGACAUGGACUUCAUGAGCUGUCCAUCUGCAGUUGGGUAAGGACCGAUGCCAAUUACCUGGGUACCAUACUUUCCUAUGCAACAGAAGAGAAUGAUAACAAGUUGGUGCUUCAUGGCAGGAAUGGAGCCGCCUAUGACGCCCUUCACUUUGUCAUAGGGGAUCCCGUGUACCGGGAGUUGCCCGUGGUUCCUUUUCUGGAUGGCAACUGGCAUCACACCUGCUUUAUCUGGUCUGCCAUCCAGGGCAAAUACUGGUUUUACGUUGACCGAAGGUUGGCGUCUACCGGCUCCAGAUUUCAGAAGGGCUAUGAGAUCCCUCCAGGAGGGUCGCUGGUUCUUGGACAGGAGCAAGAUACCUUGGGUGGCGGUUUUGACAGCUCAGAAGCAUUUGUGGGAAACCUGGCCGGUUUUGCAAUGUGGAACCGUGCUUUAACACCAGGUGAGGUCUCUGGUAUAGUCAUUGGGAAAGGCUUGCCGAGAGGCACCAUCUUCACAUUGGGAGAUGAACCAUCACUCCAUGGAUCCGUGCAAAAAGUAAGCUGUACCUGCUUGGAAUACUGUAUGUAACUAUGUACCUGGGCAGAACAUUGGGCGUUCCAUGGCUCGGAACACUGUGAGAGCCAGAACUUGUGUGUAUUAUAUACAAUUCAAUAUGUACCAUAAACUACCAAUCAUAAUGCUGGUAGCAAUACAUUCAGCAAGGAGCCAUCACUUCAAGAGAUGGACAUCACCUACACUAGGAUCGACUCACCAAUAUCAGCCAUUGCUUUCUAACUGCUUUCUGUCAUAUUUACAAAUGAAAUAACUCACUGAAGUGCCUGUCUAAAAUAACUGUAUGUGUAAGCCUUUAUUUACAUUUACUUUAGUCAGUGAUAUACAAGAUUCUCUCUCUCUCUCUCUGGAAUUCUGGCCAGUAAAUGAAGCCAAAACAGGCAGGCCUGAUUGGUACAUUACACAGUUAGAGUUAAUGACGUCUUUACCUUAUCUUAUGUCUGUGGGGCCCUAAAGCAUUUUAGGCAAAUUAAAAAUGAUGGGACUUACUGGAGUCACUGGCACUGCACAUGCUCAGAGUGCUCUGUGCCACUCUAGGUGCUUACCCUACAUAAUUUAUAGCAAAAUAAUCAAAACCACACAAUAACAUAAUGAAGUCUUGGGUCUUCACCCUCUCUAUGCCCAGGCUGGUAGAGCACCCCACACAUUAUAUAAUCCCUUGUUGGGCUUAUUAAGACUUCAAUAUGGUUUUAACAAUAAAAGGGACAGUAGUCUAUGCGGUUAACAAAUGUACCAUCAUGUACCAUUAUACUGUGGCUCAAGUAAACCUAUAUAUUAUAAUA